AUGUCACACUCUUCCUCCUUCGAUGAAAGACUCAAUUCUUAUAUCCUUCCCCAGCCAGGACCCGAAUACUAUGCCACCAGACGAGCCCUGUGGUUGUCACGGCCAGAACAGGCUCAAUCACAAGAACAGCCACAUAUACCUCACCCAGUUGGAAUUCAGAAGUUGGCGAAGGCGCUUAGCGCGCCUGGGGCAGUCCAAGAUGAUAGAUUAUGGAAACAGUCGCUGAACAAGAUCUGGAAGGGCUUCUCGUCGGGGGCGAGCUUGGUCGAAAGACUCCCCAUGCGUGUUGUUGUCAGGAUCGUACACGCUGCUUGGCUACGCGACUCGACUUGGCCAGCUAACGCCCAAGCGCCUGAGCCAGACGACGAGCUUCCACCAGAUGCAGACACUGCAAAACAGGCGAUGCCGCCUCUCGUUCUCAAGAGGGAUCUCGAUACAAGUGCCAAAUCGCAGAUGACUGGACUCGGCUAA